AUGAGAUACUCAGUUAUACUACCAAUCGUUUCAUUCGCUGUUGCAGCUCAAAAUGAUAUCGUUCAACAAAAGAACGUCUUGGCCGCUGAUGCUGCUUCAGGUGCUGCAUCUGUUGCUGGUGCUGCAACUUCAGGCGCUGCUGGUGCUAUUGGUGCUGCAACUUCCGGCGGAGCCUCCGCUGCUGGCGCUGCUACCUCUGGUGGUGCUUCUGCUGCCGGUGCUGCUACAUCUGGUGCUGGUGCUGCCGGUGGUGCAUUAGAGACUGAAGGUGCUUCAGGUGCAAGUGAUGCUGCUGGAGGAUCUGAGGAGACCGGUGCGGAAGAGACCGGCUCUGGAGAAACUGGAGCUGCUGGAGGUGCUGGAGGAGAAACCGGAUCCGAGGAAACUGGAUCCGAGGAAACUGGUGCUGGAGAGACUGGUGCUGCCGGUGGCGGAGAAACUGGAUCCGAAGAAACUGGUGCUGGAGAAACUGGUGCUGAAGAAAGUGGUUCUGAGGAGACUGGUGGAGGAGAGACUGGUGCUGCCGGUGGAUCUGGUGGCUCCGAGACCCAAUCAGGAUCUGGAGGUGGAAGCAGUAAAUCAUCAGGAUCAAGCGGCUCGUCUUCAUCUGGUUCGAGCGGCGGUGGCUCUUCUGGUUCCUCAUCUGCUAGUGCUGGUGCUAGUUACUUGAGUGCUGGAGCAUUGGCUUAUGUUGCUGCUGUUGCCUUACUUUAG